AUGGUUGUAGAGCUUCCAUUGGAAAAACAAGAGAAAGUAAAAUCUAAAAUUGAUAAUUUCAGAGUCAUGAAACAAUGUAAAAUAAGAGACUUUGCUUCUUUUGUUGGAACCUUGGUCUCGUGUUGUAUAACUUUAAAGUACGGGAGAGUCUACAUGAGAGCCUUCGAACGAGAACGAUUCUUGGCGCUUGAACGUAACAAUGAUGAUUUUGAGGCUAUCAUGAGAUUAUCGUCUGAAUUGGAGGAGGAUUUUGAUUGGUGGAGUAAACAUAUAAGUCAGGCAAAGAAUCAUAUAAGGAGAUUCGACCCAGCAGUUGAAAUCUUUUCGCAUGCGUCCUCUUCAGGCUGGGGAGCAUAUUGUAACGAACAUAGAGUCAAUGGUUACUGGAAUGAGGAGGAACGAGAUCAGCAUAUUAAUUAUCUGGAAUUAUUGGUCGCGUGGUUCGGUUUAAAAUGCUUCGCUAAAGAGUUAAGAGAUUGUGAUGUCUUAUUGAGAAUAGACAACACCACAGCCAUAGCUUAUAUUAACAAAAAAGGGGGUGUUAGAUUUCCAAAAUUAGCAAAAAUUGCAAAGAAAAUCUGGCAGUGGUGCGAAAAUAAAAAUUUAUGGAUAUUCGCUAGCUACAUAGCCUCUAAAGAUAACGUUGAGGCAGAUUUUGAGUCUCGAAGACUAGAGCCCGAGACAGAAUUUGCGUUAGCACAAUCAGCUUUCCGUCAAAUAGUCUCAAAGUUUGGAAAUCCAGAAAUUGAUAUUUUCGCUACUAGAACGAACACGAAAUCUAAGCAAUACAUCUCAUGGAAAAAGGAUCCUGGGUCAAUCGUAAUUGACGCCUUUACUGGAACCUCAUCCCCUUUGGUCGAGGAUUACCCUGGUUGCAGGAAUUAUAUCAGGAGAGCACUCCAAUUGAACGAGACACCGACAGAAUCUACAGAUAUUAUUAUAGCGUCACUUAGUGAAUCAUCGCUGAAGCAAUACAAUACUGGAUUGAAGAAGUGGUGGAGAUUCUGCGGCGUCAAUCAGUCUGACCCUUAUCAGAUUACAGUGCCCAUGGUCUUGAGGUUUUUGACCAUACAAUAUAAAAAUGGUGCUUCAUACGGAACCUUAAAUUGUUUCCGAUCUGCUAUCGGGAAGAUUCAAGGGUCCAGUCUUGCAGAUGACUCCAGAAUCAAAGGUUUUUUCAAAGGUGUAGCUAAGUUGAAGCCUCCUAGGGCCAAAUACGAUUGUACCUGGGAUCCGAAGAUAGUCUUAGAGUAUCUAGGUAAACUAAACUCAAAUGAUGAUCUUACACUUGAUGAAUUGUCAAAAAAGUUAGUCACCUUGCUGGCUCUGGUCACAAGCCAUCGUAUGCAAACGUUGACCUUGAUAGAUAUAAGGAAUAUUAUGCAAAAUGAGGAUAAAUACGAAAUUAAGAUCUCAGAAAAUAUAAAGAUUUCGAAACCCGGGAAAGUUCAACCAAACCUGAUAAUACCGGUUUUUGAAAGUAACUCGUCAAUAUGUCCAGCGAUUGCAUUGACUACUUAUUUGAAAAGAACUAAAGCUCUUCGAGGUGGAAAGAAUAAACUCUUUGUUGCAAUAAAGAAGCCUCACAAAGCGGUAGGAAGUCAAACUCUAAGUCGAUGGAUAAAAUCUGUCUUAAAUAAUAGCGGGUUAGAUACUUCUAAGUUCAGUGCUUAUAGCACAAGGCAUGCAUCAACGUCUGCUACUGAGCGCAGUGGCAUCAAUGUAGAUUUAAUUCUUAAAGCCGCCGGAUGGACUAAAAAAUCUAAGUCUUUUGCCAGGUUUUAUAACCGUCCAGUUAUUCCAGACAAUAAGUCAUAUGCGUUGGCAAUUUUGAACCAAAGUUAA